UUAAUGUUUUCCAUAUUAUGGCUGCAUGUUCUUUUUUUCUUUAAAGAGGACAACCAUCUGAACUUUAGCGUAUUAGGAUACAAUAAUAGUGGCCAUUGCCAUUAUUGAUUAGAGUUCUCUUGUUUCCUGUCAAGAAAUGUUUCCCAAAGUUCAUGCAGGCAUGGAGAUGAAGAUGAACGACAGAAUUGAAGGCUCCAACAAACCUGAGGGGAACAACUGGGAGAAACAUCUCCAAAUCUUUUCGCAGAAAAUCAAAGGAUGUCCUGGUUUGCUGUGGCAAACGAUGUGGAAGGUUGGACACGACGACCCGAGAAGGGUGAUCCACUCUUUGAAAGUUGGUCUGUCUCUCUCUGUGGUUUCCUUGUUAUAUCUUACGGAACCAUUGUUCAAUGGGAUCGGGCAGAAUGCCAUUUGGGCUGUCAUGACUGUUGUUGUUGUGCUUGAGUUUACAGCAGGGGCAACUUUAUGCAAGGGACUGAACAGAGGAUUUGGGACACUACUGGCAGGAUCAUUGGCUUUCUUCAUAGAGUACAUUGCAAAUAAAUCUGGCAAGGUCUGCCGAGCAAUUUUCAUUGGAGCUGCAGUUUUUCUAGUUGGAGCUGCAGCUACAUACAUGAGGUUCUUUCCCUACAUAAAGAAGAACUAUGACUACGGUGUUGUGAUAUUUCUCUUGACAUUUAAUCUGAUAACUGUGUCGAGCUACCGAGUUGACAAUGUCUUGAAGAUCGCACAUGAGCGGUUCUACACCAUUGCCAUUGGCUGUGGUGUGUGCUUGUUGAUGAGUUUGUUGAUAUUUCCAAAUUGGUCAGGGGAAGACCUCCAUCAUUCCACUGUUUCCAAGCUUGAAGGCCUAGCAAGAUCUAUACAAGCUUGUGUCGAUGAAUACUUUAAUGAUCCUAAUUUGGAAGAAACUGGAAUCAAAUCGGCAGAAGAUCCUAUUUAUGAUGGUUAUAAGGCUGUUUUGGACUCAAAAUCCAUUGAUGAGACCCUGGCUUUACAUGCAAGUUGGGAGCCAAGGCACUCAAGAUAUUGUUAUAGGUUUCCAUGGCAGCAAUAUGUGAAACUGGGAGUUGUUCUUCGCCAUUUUGGCUACACGGUUGUAGCUUUACAUGGAUGUUUGCAGACUGAAAUUCAGACUCCGAGAUCCGUGAGAACCCUAUUCAAAGACCCUUGCAUCAGACUUGCAGGGGAAGUAUCAAAAGUACUAAUUGAACUUGCUGAUAGCAUAACAAAUAGGUGCCACUGCUCGCCGGAGAUACUCUCCGAUCAUCUCCACGAAGCCUUACAUGACCUCAACAAAGCCAUAAAUUCUCAGCCAAGGCUCUUCCUUGGCUCCAACAACAGCCAAGCCACCAACAUGCUUGCCAUAGCGGCCGCACACGCCGAGAAGCACCGAAAAGAUCAGUCCAAUGGCGUCUCCUUGUCGAGCGUGAAAACCGACAGCUCUGCGUUGCUCGAAUGGAAGGCGAAAAGGGCUGCCGAGAAUCGGCCGAAGGAGGCGGGCGAGCGGAAGUUCUUGAGGCCGCAGCUGAGCAAGAUUGCAAUCACUAGCCUUGAGUUCUCGGAGGCACUUCCUUUUGCUGCUUUUGCUUCUUUGCUGGUGGAGUUGGUGGCAAAACUGGAUCAUGUGAUAGAGGAAGUUGAGGAAUUAGGGAGGAUAGCAUGCUUCAAAGAGUACAACAAUGAUGAACACAUUGUUGUGACUUGUGAGAGACCACAAAGAAAUGUUGCUCAAAACAAUUUGCCAUCCCAUGGAGCAGAUUAAUUAGUAGAAAAGGUUUUAGGUAGAUAUUGAAUUAUUAUAA